AUGUAUAGAACUAUCAUACUACUGAUUUCAUGUUCACUAAUUUAUAACGAAUGCGUUAAAAUUGGCUCAUUCAACAUACAAGUAUUUGGACGAAAGAAAGUUUCUCAAAAAGAUGUUUUAAGGGUUUUGAUCUUAUCUAGAUAUGAUUUAGUUGUGAUUCAAGAAAUUCGUGAUGCCAAAGAUACUUCAUUCAAACGCCUUGUCAGCGAAUUAAAUAAAUAUGCUGGUGGUAUCUACAAAUCCAUAUUAAGUGAAAAACUGGGUAGAACGCGUUCAAAAGAACAGUAUGGGUUAAUUUAUAAACCUACUUUAUUUACCAUUGGAGAAAUGGUAACAGUUUCACAUCAAAAGAAUCAUUUUGAAAGACCACCGAUGGCGGUACAAAUAUCAAUGAAACAUUCUGCCAUUAAUAUGUUUGGUUUAAUCGUCGUACACUUGGAUCCUGAUAGUGUUGUUGAAGAAGCUAAUCAACUUUAUACUUCUGUUAAAGAAGUUAUGAAAAUGUGGAAUACACAGAACCUAAUUAUUCUGGGCGAUAUGAAUGCUGAUUGUGGUUACUUGUCCAAAAAGAAAAUGGCACAACUUCAUUUACGAAAAGAUACAGAAUUCAUUUGGGCUAUUCCUGAUAAACAUGAUACGACUUUAGGUAAAGGUGAUUGUGCAUAUGACAGAAUAAUUAUACAUGGCAAACAAUUAAAACAAGCAAUUAAAUCAGGCAGCACGAAAGCUUAUCAAUUUCCAACUGAAUUAAAAAUUAGUGAUCAGCUGGCUAAACAAGUCAGUGAUCAUUACCCAAUAGAAAUGGAGAUUAUUUAA